UUCCAAGUUUCUCGUAAAGUUACCAUCCGUAAAAAUGAGGUUCUUUUUUGUAUGUACUAUUUUGAUUUGUGCUAUUUUCCGUGUUAACAGUUUUGAUGAGUGCCCUGAGCAAAUUAGAGAAUUUCCCUUUCUGGCCAGCCUACAUUACAAUAAAAAUAGGACUUGUUCAGCAACUAUUUUAUCACGAUACUUAGCUGUAACUGCUGCCAGUUGUGUUUACGAAAAAAUGUGGAUGGGGAAAAAUAUUCAGUUUACUCUAGUUUUUGGAACUUCGUCUGGAGAUUAUACAGAAGAUCCCCACAAUAGUCGAGCAAUCAUUGCAGUUCACUGUCAUCCGAGGUAUAAUCCUAGAUUAGGAGACUUUGAUGUCGCCGUUGUUGUUUUUGAACGCAUUACCUUUAAUGCAACGGUUAAGCCCCUGAAGUAUCCUAGUAAGCCUAUAACUUCUGGAGAAGUGGUAACUGGUGGAUGGGGUAUUGAGCAUGACAAUGAUACUGAGACUGAAGAACAAGAACCUUGUGAAGGUAGUUUCGAAUUGGACACAACCAGACUAAUGGAUAUCAAAAAGUGCAGAAGUGCCUAUUCAAGAUAUCGUCAAAUUUCAGUAACAAGAAUGCUCUGUACGGAGCCAAUGUCUCAUUAUACCUGCAGUGCAGAGGACGGAGCCCCUCUCGUGGCAAUUCGUGGUGGAGUGGGCCUGGGAAUUGCAUCAAAUAUGGGAAAAUGUCCUCAACCUGAACUUCCGUCCGUUUUCAUUAAUAUCCAUGCGCUUGGCAUUAAGCCGUUCAUUGACGGAAUGUUGAAUAAAUACAGAUAUUAUGCUAUGCGCUCAUCUCGUGGUCGUGAAAAAACUAAAACAGAUAAUGUAAAAAAUAACAGACAACACACCCACAUCACAACAUCAGUACCAAGCACUACACGAUCUACUGAAAAGUAUGACGAGUACAAUUAUAGGGAUACCAAAUAUCUUAAAAAGAAUUUCUAAUCUAUAGUGGCAAUGGUGGCAAUCCAAAUAAAAUAUGAUUAUUCUACAAAAAGUGUUUAUGGUUUGCAAUUUAUUUUAAUUUUAUAGACCUAAAAAAAAAGAAUUACAAGUAACAACUAACACAAACAUUAAAAUAAAAUUAGAAAUGGUAUAGCGACCAAAAAAACUACAAUUUAAAAAUUUAGAAUAAAUUAGGUGAAAUACCUUCUAUACAUCAAAAGAGGUUUUGUUUUUUCAAAGAAUUGUGAUCUUUUUUAAAGCAAAAUUCAUUCGUCAGAUUUUGUUGAUAUUUACUUAAGAGUGCAUUAAUAAAACAAAUUUCAAAAUUGUGUUACUUCUUAUUAGAACUUUUUUGCAGAUCUAAACUCUAUACGACUUUGAGAGUUCUGAGUAGCUGCCUUUAUUUAAUUUUUGGCCUAAAUAUUGAAGAAAGCUUUCUACUGUAGUGGUCAUCUGAUUUGAUGGAAUAAGUGAAUAAAUUAUAAAGGUUAUAGAGUAUAAAUAUCUAUAAUAAAGAACUCGCUUGAAA